AUGAACGAUUUUCCUGUGAAGGACUUCCAGGCACAGCUUUUUCUUUCAUACUGCACGAUAUCCUGCCACCUGGGAGAUACCGUGGAGUGUUACCUACGACGAGAGAUAUCCCGACAGCGUCGAGUUGAUCUUGAAAACGCUAUAUAUAGAUGGGCUAAGCAGGUCAUCCCGAAGCUCCGCUCAUCUGCUACACUCCAAGAGGACGCUAUAACCUCACAUUUGGAAGUCCAACAACUCUCAGUCAUGUACUUCGUCGUACUGACCAUUCUUCAUCGCUCACCCACGCCAAACAGCGUACCACCUGCAGCCUCGCUAGUCGCAUCCUCAUUUAUCGCCGGAAUCUACGAAGAGUUCCUUCUCCGUGAUGAGCUUCGUUAUCUAGGACCCGUUUUCGCCUUCUAUCCACUAUGCAGCGGAUUAUCCCUACUUUCAAGCUGGCGCUACUCCCAGUUGCAAAGCACAGCCGAGCAUGAAUUAACAGUCAUCAAGCUCUCUCUCCAAAAAUUAUCCGAACGGUGGCUAUCCGCGGUCGGACCCCUACGAGCGUUGAAUAAAUUGACCGAAAAGGUCCGAGAACAAGGCCCCCUGGACGGCCAACCACCAAAACUCAACUUUGACACGGCUUCGUUCUUCGACGGGUUCGACGUUAGAUUGUGCAAGCAGUGGCGCUUGAUUGGGCAGUCUGCGGAGCCUGAAACUCCCGUGCCUGCAACAACAGCUACGUGUACACUGGCCGAGGUUCAGGAUUCGGAUGAGGCGGUUCAGCCCUUUAGUACUCAGCCUGAUGACGCGGCAGAUGAUUUCGGCUUUCCAGCUCUUGAUACCAGUAUGGAGCCUUUUACUAGUAAUUGGGAAGGGUCUGGCUUUGAUUGGAGUGGUUCUUGGCUGCUUAACAUAUAA